AUGAAGACAAUUGGACUCCUUGGCCUGACGCUGAGCAUUUUAGGUCCCCUGAUCCAGUGCGCGGCGGUACCCCAUGUUCAGCGUCCUGUAGACGUUCUCCUCCCCUGCGAAUAUGUCAUGCUGGAGCAGGGAGCAGCCGGACUUUCAUUUACACGACAAAAGGUGACGCUUGUCCUUCGCAACCUCAUGGUGACACAAGAACAGCAGUCAGAGCCUCUGCCGGAUUAUCAGACUCCAGAAGACACUGAGGUGCCUAUUUUUGAGGCCACAGCCAAUUUGCCCCUUCUGCCAUUUGUGGAGCGUCUGCUUCAUGUAGAAUGUGAGGGAGAAGAGAUUGUAUGUGAGAUCACCCCACUGUACUCCAAGUUCUACAUCGCCCACAUCCGUCUGCCGGAGAUGAACAUCGCCCUGGUGGCCAAGGCAGGAUCGGCUGUUGAUCCAGACCAGCCCCUGAGCGAAAAAAGCAUUAUACCAUUAACAGCGGAUCUUCUGGUGUCAUCCAGUCCACCUUCACAAAGGGCCUCCGUCUCCAAGGAAGCCAAGUUUACCUGUGAAGUGUGGGGUGACAUUAAAGGCGUGGACAUAGAAUGGCAUCUGCAGAGGGAUGGCAAAGGGAAAAAGAUAGACCCGGAAGAAGACUCCCAUUUCUCUGUCGAAAAGCAGGCACAGGAAAGGAAGGAAGAUUCAUCACUGACCAUAAAUCAGCUAACUGUGAAUUAUGAGGGCACUUAUAUAUGUGCCGUGAGCCUGGGACCACACCGACUACAGCAAAUCCUCCAGAUGAAGAUCAAAGAACCUCCUCAGGUUACUCUUGCUCUGAUCGAAGAGCCAGUCCCGACCUUGAUCUGCCACACUGACCGCUACUAUCCUCUGGAUGUGGAAGUGGAGUGGCAGCUGAAUGGGGCACCGCUGAAACACGCUAACUCGGUCACCUCCAGCCAUCGCAGGAACAGCGAUGGGACAUACAAUCUGAACAGCCGGCUCCAGGUCUCUAUCCCUCAGUCUGGAGCCCCUCCUGAUGUAUACUCUUGUGUUGUCUCACACGUGACCGCCGAGGAGCCUAUCCAGGUUGACAUCACUGUCUCUGCGCCAGAACCAUCGCUGCUUUUCCAGAUCAUCUGUUAUACUUCUUCACUCGUCUUAUUGGCGUUUAUGCUCAAAGCCAUCCAUAUGUUUGCACGGACAAUUCCUCACGGAAUAGACAAGGAUAAGAAAUUAUCUUAA